UAAGCCUCCCGUGCUAACGUGAGCCACCCGAGACAAUUUAACCUACACCCACCACCACCAUGCCUAUGCCUGUAGGUUCAAUCAAAUUCACCAAUUUCACUUUCCUCCACCCUCUCAAACCCUACAAAUCCCUUCCAAAUUCCUCCUCCCCGACGACAAUUCUCCGGCCAAACCUCUCCUCCGUCUGCUGGCGCAGCACAAUCCCGCGCGCAACCGCCGAGCAGCGUCCAAUCACUUGGCGGAUUUCCGGUGGCCAGAAAUCUCGCCCCUUCUCCUCCGGUUCUGUAAACGGAGGGCUUAAAGGGAAGUUAUUUUGCAAUUCGAAGACUAAAAUGUGCGCCACCGUCAAUGGCAAGGCCGACAACCAAUCGGACGUUCCGCCGUCUCGAGAAAAUCACGAGAAGCCGCCGGCAGAGCAGUCGCAAUUGCUCACCUUGCCUACAAUGUUGACGAUUGGCCGCGUCGCCGCCGUGCCUCUCCUUGUCGGCACCUUUUAUGUCGAGAGUUGGUGGGGACCUGCUGCUACGACUGUUAUUUUCAUUGCGGCAGCCUUUACGGAUUGGCUUGAUGGAUUCCUUGCUCGAAAGAUGAAUUUGGGAACUCCGUUUGGUGCAUUUUUGGAUCCAGUGGCUGAUAAGCUUAUGGUUGCUGCCACCUUGAUCUUGUUGUGUACCAGACCUUUUGAAGCUGGUAUUUUUGGGCAAGCGCCAUGGUUACUGACCGUGCCUGCUAUUGCCAUAAUUGGUAGAGAGAUAACUAUGUCUGCGGUUAGGGAAUGGGCUGCUUCUCAGGACAAAAAGCUUCUAGAGGCUGUCGCGGUUAAUAAUUUAGGCAAAUGGAAAACUGCUGCACAGAUGAGUGCAUUAACCAUCCUCUUAGCUACCAGAGAUGGCAGUCUUGUUGGGGCAGGAACAUUUGCCGAUUCAGGGGUACUAUUGCUAUACAUUUCAGCAUGGCUUGCAUUAUGGUCAUUAGUUGUUUAUGCAAGAAAGAUAUCAAAAGUGCUGUUAAGGUAGUAGCAACUCUAUUCGUAUUAAUCAGCUGCAAGAGAAGCAAGAAGCACAUCUGUUGCCUUAUCAAGAAAAACACGUCUAUCUAGAAACGGAGGGAAAACGAAUACGUGACGAGAUUCUUUAGCAUUAUAUAGGUUUAGAUCAAUCAAUCUUGUGAUAAGUUAUGGUCCAGUGAUGCAAAAAAAAUGUCGAAUAAAAUGAUUUUUUUCUUUUUUUUAAUUAUUUAUAAUCGAGCUCAAUCAACGGCCAGUAAUAAUUCCGCCUGUUGCAUGUUUUCCCUUGUUCUAGUAAUCAUGUUCUCUGUGGAUGGAAGUUGGUGCAGAUGCUGUUAAUCAAUCAUUUGUUUAAUUGAUUAAGCAGCAGCUUCUUCUUCUAUAUAUUGUAUACAUAUUAAAGUGGUUGGCUUAUUGAUCAUCCUUUAAAGAUUGA